CAAAGCGGCUGCGCGCACUGCGCGAAGUCCCUGGACACAGUCACUCAAUAAGCGCUCUAGUGUUUACGUAGAAGCGAGUUUUGAAUCGAUAUAUUUACACUAAUCGCGAUCAUGCCCGGAAUGAUGGAUAAAGGGUCGGAGUAUCUAGGGAAAGGUCGCUCUAACGGCACGAAAAGCCCGUCGAGCGCCUCGAACGGACAUUUUUCAGACGAGAGCGGCAGUGACGACGAGCACGAUGUUGGCAUGCGUGUGGGCUCCGAUUACCAGGCUAAUAUCCCAGACUUUGAUCCGGGUUCCACAAAGUACACUGAUAAAGACAGUGGAGGAAUGUUGGUUUGGUCACCAUAUCACACAAUAGUUGACUCUAAGUUGGAUGAGUACAUUGCAAUUGCAAAAGAAAAACACGGCUACAAUGUUGAGCAGGCUCUAGGCAUGCUGUUCUGGCAUAAACACAACAUUGAGAAGUCCCUGGCCGAUCUCCCAAACUUCACACCCUUCCCUGAUGAGUGGACGGUAGAGGACAAGGUGUUGUUUGAACAAGCCUUCAGUUUUCAUGGGAAGAGCUUCCAUAGGAUUCAGCAGAUGUUGCCAGACAAAUCCAUUUCCAGUCUUGUGAAAUACUACUAUUCCUGGAAAAAAACACGAUCUCGGACAAGCCUCAUGGAUCGGCAAGCACGAAAGCUGGCAAACCGGAGUAAUCAAGAUGACAGUGAGCAAGAAAUGGAAGAUGCAACCCCUAUUGAGACGAACGACAGUGAUUAUGACCCAACUAAAGAGGCAAAGAAAGAGGUUGCGUCCUCCGGAGGUCGUGUUUGUCCGCUGCAUACGCCUUCACAUGUGACAUCCGGAGGACGCAGACUUCGAAAUGAGACACAGCUACAGAUGACGAAGAGCCACAGCGAGCCUCAGACAUUGAGUUGCAAGAUUGGAGUUGGCCGGAGGGACCACCAGACCCUGCAGCACCGUCACCACUCACAGAGAUCCAAGUGCCGGCCACCAAAAGGCAUGUACCUGACGCAGGAGGACGUGGUGGCCAUCUCUUGCAGCUCCAGCGCAGCUAACAGCGUCCUGCGUCAGCUGGAUAUGGAGCUUGUGUCACUCAAACGCCAGGUUCAGAAUGCCAAGCAGUUGAACAGUGGACUUAAACAGAAGAUUGAAGAUGGAAUCAAUGAAUACCGAUUAUCUGAGUGCACCCAAAAAGUGAAUGCCCGCUGGACAACAGAUGAGCAGCUCUUAGCAGUACAAGGUGUACGAAAAUAUGGCAAAGACUUCCAGGCUAUUGCUGAUGUGAUUGGGAAUAAAACAGUGGGGCAGGUGAAGAAUUUCUUUGUAAACUAUCGUCGGCGGUUUAACCUGGAUGAAGUUCUUCAAGAGUGGGAGGCCGAACAGGGAAGUGCAAACGGUGAGAGAGUCACAUGUGCUGAAGAUGGCAAGAACAGCAGCAGCUCGUCAGGAAAAAGUACAGAUGAGGAGGAUGAGGGUCAGGUAACUCCAGCCUCUGGUCCAUCUCCUGUAGCCACAUCAUCAGCAGGCAGCAGCUCCGCCUCUCUGAAUCAGCCUCCACCCCUGCUGCGUCCAUCCCUUCCUGCCACCCCGGCGUUACACCGCCAGCCUCCACCUCUGCAGCAGCAAGCUCGCUUUCUUCAGCCCCGUCCGGCCCUCAACCAGCCCCCGCCGCUCAUUCGACCAUCCAACCCGCUGCCUCCGCGACUGAACCCCAGACCCCCUGCACCAGUGUCCAGCUCUGCCGGUGCAGUAUCAGGCCAGCAGCCGCCCUCUCUGGUGGGCAUCCAGUCUGAAACGCAUCGUCCUCUUUGCACUGAUGCCUGAGAAGUGCUCAUCGUAAAUACAAGAAAAACUCUUUUACACUGUAUAUAUUAGGUUUAGCUGAACUGCUUCUAUUUAUUUAAAUGACUUAUAACAGAUUUAAUUUUACAUUUUGUAAUCAUGUUGUAAUGAUGAAAAACAUGGUGAAGAAAAAUUGUGAAUUUUUAGCACUUUUGCCAGUUAUUACUGGUGUCCAGUGGAUUUCAAUUGUAAUGCCAAUCCUCUGUUUUUGUUUUUCUGUGUUUAAUGUGCUUGUUUGCCAAUCCUGAUUACUUAAUACUUUGUUUGAAUUCUUGGUGCUAUCAACCGAUGGUUCAUCUCCAGUUCUCUUGUCAUCAAAGUGCUCUUAACAAAUAUGAAUCACUUUUGAACAAGUCAUUUUCUCAUGGCCAUACAUCUGAACACAACAGAAAAACACCUGAGCUCAUGCAGUGCACAUAAAAAAAACUUGUGUUUGUCAGAAGUCAAGAUGCUAUUAGAGUCAAUAAGAUAAAUAAAUAGGUGAACUUCUGUUAUUGUUGUUUAUCAUGAAUUUACCUACUGUUGUCCAAAGGUGCGCAAUUAUGUUGUAUGUGUUCAGACAAACAGCUACACCUCUUCCUGUUACACGCAAUACACCUGGGUCCUGCUACAGUACUUCAACAUUUCCUCUCGUUUAAAACCCCUUUUCACACAUGAAAUCUGCUGAUCUUCGGUUUCCAUUUUAUGGAUCUUUGUGACAGAAAGUGAAACGUUUUAUUAUGUAGUUAUUUGUCAGAUAAAAUCUGAUGGAUGCAUUGAGUUGCACUGCAACUAAACAAAACCUGUAACUUUAUAGGCAAAUCAUAUGAUUGACGAAGUGAAGUUGCCAUUUAAAUGUUCGGCCACAUAUUUUGUUUUUACAAAACCUUGAAUAUGAAACUAUUGUUUUAAAUGAUUGUAGUGAUGUAUUUUAAUGAAUUUGCUAAACGGUGGAUUUAUCUGGAGCUGCAUGCAGUGAUGUCAAAUCUGUAACAUUACAUUAUCAUUUCAAUAUAUAUUUUUUUCCUGUGUAAAUCAUGGCACUUGGAGAAAAAAACGUUUCAAAGCAUUUCUCUAUCGAUUUCUCAUAACUAAUUUUGGGAUGAUGUAUAAUUUUUUCUGUUCUAUGAUAAAGUUUCCCUGUGUGCUGACAUGAAGCAUGAUCGUAAAUGUGUCUUUCAGUCAUGACGUGUUAAACACACAACACUCAUUUUUCGCUCUUUAAUUGCUGGGUCAGCUUCGAAAUUAAAACGAGAAGCAGCAGAUCCACUUUAACACGCGA